CCCUCACUCUCGACCCCCCCCCCCCCUUCUCUCUCUCUCGGGUUCUCUCUCGGAGCCCCUCGCUCUUCCUUGCAUCCUCAGCCGGCUCUUCCGCGUAUAGAUGUAGACGCUAAACGCGGCUCAAAGUGGGAGACUGCUGUCGCCUUUGCGCCAUGGAGGACUGCUGUUCCCCAGAAAGCGAGAGGAUGGAAGCGUGGCUGGACGACCACUUGGAGUUCACCCACUCCUACUUUAUCAGGAAGGCGUCAAGGGAGAUGGUGAAUGCCUGGUUUGCUGAGCGUGUCCACACCAUCCAGCCUUCAUCCUCUAAAGACAACCCCCAACAGCAUCGGGCCCACCAGUCCUCCACAGACGCCGGCCUCACCCCUGCCUCCACCAUCUACCCCCCCACGCUAACCCUUCUGGACAAUCGCUCCCCUUCCCCGGCCUCGGUGUCCAGCCCGGCCCCCGGCACCCCGACCCGCAAAAUCUCGGCGUCCGAGUUCGACCGCCCGCUCAGACCCAUAGUGGUGAAAGACUCUGAGGGUUCGUUGACGUUUCUGAGCGACGCCGACCGCGAAACUGUCCCAUUCCGAGGCUCAGUGAUGGGCGAGGGGGGUGUUGGCGGCAGUGGUGGCGGAGGCGGAUGCACGGGGACGGGUACCGGCAGCGGGGGGGACCGCUGCGCCAGGCUGCUGGAGCUGGUGAAGGACGUGUCGAGUCAUCUGGAUGUGACGGCCCUCUGCCAUAAGAUCUUCCUACACAUCAACGAGCUGAUUGCUGCGGACCGCUACUCACUGUUUCUGGUGGGCGAGGACAGCUCCAACAGGAAGUUCUUGGUGAGCCGGCUGUUUGAUGUGGCUGAGGGAUCCACCCUGGAGGAAUCCUCCAGUAGCUGCAUCCGGCUCGAGUGGAACAAGGGCAUCGUGGGACAUGUGGCCGCGACGGGCCAGCCACUCAACAUCAAGAAUGCUUACGAGGACCCGAGGUUCAACGCCGAGGUCGACCUGAUCACAGGUUACAAAACCCAGAGCAUCCUCUGUCUGCCUAUCAAGAACCACAGAGAUGAGGUGGUGGGGGUGGCUCAGGCUAUCAAUAAAAAAUGCGGGGAGGACGGUGCCUUCACGGAGCAGGAUGAAAAGGACUUCUCUGCCUAUUUGGCCUUUUCGGGCAUCGUCCUGCACAACGCUCAGCUGUACGAGACGUCACAGCUGGAAAACCGACGCAACCAGGUGCUGUUGGACCUGGCGAGCCUGAUCUUCGAGGAGCAGCAGUGUCUGGAGGUUUUGCUGAGGAAGAUCGCGGGCACCAUCCUGUCCUUCAUGCAGGCUCAGGCUUGUACCGUCUUCAUUGCGGACGAGGAUUCAAUGAACUCCUUCUCCAGUGUCUUUCACAUGGAAUAUGAGGAGCUCUCUGAAGUCACCGAUGCCCCCAAGAGGGACUGUGAUGUCAGCCAGAUCAACUACAUGUAUGCCCAGUACGUCAAGAACACCAUGCAGCCUCUCAGCAUCGCAGACGUCGCCAAGGACCAGCGCUUCCCCUGGACGCAGAGCGAGAACAGAGAUCACACCAGCAACCAGAUAAAGAGUUUGCUCUGUAGCCCCAUCAGGAACGGCAAGAAGGACAAAGUCAUUGGUGUAUGUCAGCUGGCCAACAAGAUGGACGAGGCGUCGGGCAGCGUGAAGGCCUUCAACAGGAACGACGAGCAGUUCCUGGAGGCGUUCGCCAUCUUCUGCGGCCUCGGCAUCCAGAACACGCAGAUGUAUGAGACUGUGGAGAGGGCCAUGGCCAAGCAGGAGGUCACGCUGGAGGUUUUGUCGUAUCACGCCUCAGCUGCAGAGGAGGAGUCGCGGGAACUCCAGGUAACCGCGGUCACCACGGUCCCGUCGGCGCAGUCGCUGGGCCUCCUGGACUUCACCUUCAGCGACUUCGACCUGUCCGACACCGAGACCACGCAGGCCGCCGUGCGCAUGUUCGUCGACCUCAACCUGAUCCAGAACUUUCAGAUGAAGUACACGAGCUUGUGCCAGUGGGUUCUGAGCGUGAAGAAGAACUACAGGAAGAACGUGGCCUAUCACAACUGGAGACACGCCUUCAACACGGCCCAGUGCAUGUUCGCUCUGCUCAAGUCCGGCCGGCUGCAGAACAACCUCUGCGACCUGGAGGUCCUGGCGCUGAUGAUUGCGACUCUCAGCCACGACCUGGACCACAGAGGAGUCAACAACUCCUACAUUCAGAGGAGCGACCACCCACUGGCCCAGCUCUACUGCCACUCCACCAUGGAGCAUCACCACUUCGACCAGUGCCUCAUGAUCCUCAACAGCCCCGGGAACCAGAUCCUGAGCGGCCUCUCUCUGGACGAGUACAAGAGCACGCUGAAGAUGAUCGAGAAGGCCAUCCUGGCCACCGACCUGGCGCUGUACAUGAAGAGGCGAGGGGAGUUCUUUGAGUUGACCAAGAACAACCAGUUCGUUUGGGAGGACGAACAUCACAAGGAAUUACUGAGGUCAAUGCUGAUGACUGCAUGCGAUAUCUCAGCUAUCACCAAGCCCUGGCCAGUGCAGAAAAGGGUUGCGGAGCUGGUGGCCACCGAGUUCUUUGAGCAGGGGGAUAAGGAGAGACAGGAGCUGAACAUUGAGCCCAUUGACCUGAUGAAUCGCGAGAAGAGAGACAAAAUCCCCAGCAUGCAGGUGUCCUUCAUUGAUGCUAUUUGCAUCCAGUUAUAUGAGACGUUGGCUGGCAUGUCGGAACAUUGCUCCCCGCUGCUGGAAGGAUGCCUGAAGAAUCGGCAGCACUGGAAGCGCCUGGCCGAGGAAUGCGAGAAGGACCUGGUGAACGGCCUGGUGUGACCCCAAAGCUCGUGUGGCUCUCAACCAGGGCGGAUCCCCUGGGUUCUGCCCGUCCUCGUGGGUCUCACAGAAAUCCAUGAACAUAGCAUGACGCACGCAUAUGAGACAACGAAUAACGUGCUCGGUGCGAAAUAUUAUUUCUGCACAGAAAAACAGCCAGUACAUUGAUUUUGACAGUGAAAAACAUAGUUGUUUAGAGCAACAUUAAUUAUUAAGUAAUUACUAUGUUAAAAAUAAAAUCUCAAGUAACUAAUUCCAACACCCAAAACACUAGAAGGAUAAUUAGGCAUCGCCAACGUGUCAUCAGGUCAAAGGUCAUGCUCGUUUCACCGAACUUUGUGAGACUCAUUCUGAUGUCGUCACUAUUCUGUCGUAGCUCUCACUCACUAGACACCAGAACAGUCAGCACUAAGCUAUAUUUAUUAUCAUAGCCAUGGUUAUUUUUUGCACAGAGUGGCUUUUAUCUUGAAAUUUCACCCCACUAUCUCUCACGAGUAGUGAUAUUUGUUUUUUAGGGGGACUCUGAACAGUAGGACGUAAACCCUUGGGACCGGCACCAUCACAGUGGGAUUGAUUUAUUGUACUUUAAACCUUCACAUGGUGUCACGAUACUCUUCUAAACCUGUUCAAAGUCUUUGUUCACAGCACACACUACAAUGUUGGAGACUUUUGUAAAGUUUUUGUCACUUAUUGUCUUAACUAUGUCUUUACAUAUUUAUUUUUGUUUUAUAUAUUUAUUAGAGUUUCUAUAUUAUAAGGUCAUCGUUUGUCAAGAACACACAAACUUUGUAGAGAAAAUUAGUUUUCAUACUUAAUAAAUCCAUCUCUGCUUUUUUGAAGGGUCUGUCAGAGGAACAAACUCUUCCAGGUGGUGUUUGGACUGCGUUGUGUUGUCUGAGUUUUGUUUUUUCAAAUGUAAAACAGCCAAAGAAGCCUGCACUUCCAAAGGUCGCUGGUCUAUAUUUUUCCACAGCCUUGUUUUGACUGAGUAGGACCACUUCACCAUUAAAAUUCCAAUGAUUAAAACCUU